GAGCGCCCAAUUCCUGCUCUGCUCUUGGCUCUGUUCUGGUGGGAAAGUCGUCUUUUGCGCUGCUCAAAGUGUUGUUUCAUGUUCAUGGUGGCUGUUGUUGGUUGUACAAACUUACAAUAAAUAUUUUUCGUCCGUUUUCCAAUGCAGCUGCAACAUGUGCUCUCAACCUUAAGAGCUCUUUUACUUGUAAAAUGAUAGCGUUUCCUGUUCGUGGUGGCUGUUGUUGGCUGUAGAAACGUACAGUUUAUAGUUUGGGUUCGUUUUUGAUGCAUGUCGAGUGCGCUAGCGUUAGCCUCGCGGCUAACGGCCUGUACAUUGCUCUGCACCUCCAUCGUGUUCCUUAGCCUUAAGAGAUGCUAUACUCGCUAAAUCAUAACGUUUCCAUGCGGAAGUGACUCGUGGACUCUUCCUAACUCAAAGUUUAUUCUUAAAUCCGCGCACUCGUUGCUCUUUAAAGUUAACAUGAGGCUAAUUGGGUUGCAUAUGGUAUCCGGAGCUAAUUGGCAGGUGGGUUUGAGAUGUGAUAUGUCGUGAUUUAAUGCUUGUAUCAUUGGUCUUAAAUUAGCUGUUGUGUAGGCUCUUAACUUUUUAUUCCUUUUUAUCAGUUUAGUUCGCUGCACUUGAUGUAGACGUUUCUCUGUUUGCCGUCAUUUAGAGGUGAGCAAUGAGCGCGUGCAGGGAGGGUGGUGGGAGAGGUGUCUGCAGCAGCUCAGGCAGACAUUUUACAGGGGAGAGUUUUGAAGCCACAAAAUGGCGUCUUCAAGUCUCUUUGAACAUAGUGCUGACUCACAAAUGUUGCCUCUGCUCAAUGAUGGUUUUAGCUAGGACGACACAUUGUAUCUGAAUGCUAAUACCACUUCAUUCCUGAUUUACCUUUUUGUCUUAAUCUAAAAACAUUUUUUAAUUUUAAUGAACUUAGUUUUUCAUAGUUUGUUUUUAUUAUUUAUCCUCGUGGGGACAGUGUGAGGUUUCUCAUUGACAUCAUUAGAAGCCUCUCAACCUUCACUUAACCAUCACAAACAAAUGGCACGUCUUCGCCAGGAUUCUGAACCAAACUUGGACCCCAUUAUAAUGACUGUUAUUUUGAAGCCUUCAUCAUAAAAUUGCAUUUUGGACCUGCAGGGACCGGCAUAAGGUCCCCACAAAGAUAGUGCUUGGUCAAGAAUUGGGCCCCACAAAGUUGGAUAAACAAGGUCAGACACAUGUUUUGCUAUUUUUGUGAGGAGAGCUGACGCUUUCCUCUGCCUCUCAACUUACCCAUCCAAAACAAUUGGCUGCACUUGACCAGGACUCUGAACCAAACUUGCACCCAAUUAUAAUAAUAAACUAGUGUCACUGACAUUUUACUGACUUUAACAUAUACACAUAGAUGCAGUGAGACACGUAAAUACACGCACGUGGCUACACACAGACUAUUUGCCACUCAGACAGCUACUGAAUAUCCUUUUUUCAUAUAGUUUCAGUCAUCUGCACAUGUAGCUCAUUCGUACAUUUUUUUCUGUACUGCCCUUUUAUGUCCUAUUCUUCUCGGGUAAAUGUUUCUGUCUGACGGUAUUCUGAUGUUGCUAAUGAAGCUGGCAUUAGAAGUUGCUUAAGGUAUUUUGAUUUGAUUGAACAAACUGCUCCUCCUUGAAAUAUUUUCUUUGUUGAGGUGAAGUCAUAUGUAAUGUCUUCAUCUGUCUGACUCUGGAAGAAUGGCCCUGAGAUUUCUGGAGAUGGAUGAUGGACACAGAAUAACCAACGCCCUGCUUCAGGACAAGCGUGAGGUAUAGAGGUUCGUGGGCAACAAAGACUCGGUCCACUUCAUGACGCCGCUCAGAGACAUCCCGUCAUAUAGGGCGAAAACAUUAAAGGAUUUGUUUGCCAUGAUUCUCAAGCUGGGCACCACGAGCAUCUUCUGCACAUUUCCUGCAGCAGAAAUGCGCUUGGAGGAGGUCAUCACUGCCAUUAAAGCACAGCAGGGGGAAGCUUUUGACGUGCUCGAUUGGGCCACCAAGUGCGACAUCCUUCACAGCAACCCGGUCACGGCCAUGUGCAUGUUUAGCAAAUGGGUUGGGUCACUCUUUCAAGACCUCAUCCUGUCUUCUGCGCAGCCUAUCGGCAAGGUGGUGGACUACUUUUACCGUGUGGAAUUUCAGCGCGGAAGAAGUCCACACAUCCACUGCUUGAUUUGGGUUGAAGUUGCGCCUGUUUUUGAGGAAGACUCUCACCAGACGGUGUGUGACUUUGUCUCCCGAUACGUCACCGCAAAGCUGCCUGAUCGCAGCACGUGCCCCUUGCUGUACAAGAAGGUCACAGAGGUCCAGAUGUACAGCAGAUCACACUCAACGACUUGUUUGAAGACGAUCGGUGCUAAUUGUCGUUUUGGCUUCCCCAAACCGCCGUGCCCCAGCACCAUGAUCAGGUCAGGGUGGACCCCGAAGCGCAGCCCAAGGAGCAAGCCAAGGCGGGAGACAAGGAUGAUCUAUGCAAGCCAGGAGUCAUCAGGAAGGCCCAGCAGAGAAUGUUCUUUCUGAGGCAGCUACGGAAACUACGACUGCCGACGAAGUUGCUGGUGGAGUUCUACACGGCCAUCAUCCAGUCCAUCCUCACCUCCUCUAUCACCGUCUGGUACAACAGCGCCACCUCCAGGGACAAGAGCUGACUGCAGCGCAUCGUACGUUCUGCUGAGAAGGUGAUCGGUUGCAGCCUGCCACUUCUUCAGGACCUGUAUGCCUCUAGGACCCAGAGACGUGCAGGUCAGAUCAGAGCCGACCCCUCUCACCCUGGACAUAGACUGUUUGUUCCUCUUCCCUCUGGCAGGAGGCUACGGUCCAUCCAGACCAGAACCUCCCGUCACAGGAACAGCUUCUUUCCCUCGGCCGUCAGACUGUUAAAUUCGUGAACAGCCUUGUUGUUAUGUUAUUCUAUUUAUUUUAUUUUAUUUUAUUUGUUUUUUGUUGCACUUUAUUUCAAGACACUUUCGUAGUCGGUGGGCUCCCCACUGACCAUGGCAAUAAAUCUCAUUCUGAUUCUGAU